AGGAAAAAGAAACAUCCUUCUAGGAAAAGUCUACACAGACAAGCACGACGUUACCUCCUAGCCUUCUCCAUUGUUGUAUCUCCUUUCAAGUCUGCGGAUAAACAGCAUCCUCUUAUCAUUAGUAGAGUAGAUCGUAGAACCAAAUUCUAAGAACAGAUCAUCUUGUUCCCUCUGGGUCGAAUUCUUUUGCGGAAAGACAGAUAGUUACAAGAUGGGCGGGAGUUCCAGCAAGUCAAACUCGGCGGAGGACGUCACUGCCGCGCCGGUCGAAGUAUCCACGCCGGUCCAAGAAUCCGCGCCGGGCAAAGAAUCUAGUAUACAACUACAGUAUUUGUGUGAUUUCUUCUUUCUUCUCUAAUCGUUGAAGGCCAUUAAAAGCCUUUUGAGGUAGAUGACAAGAAAAAGCAAGAAGAUGAUAAUACUCAUAUAGAUGUUGACCAUGUUUGUUGUAUACUCCCAUAACUUGGUUCGAAAGGUCUUCAUCGAUACAACACACAUCCUCCUGUGGGACUCCCAAGACAUAUCUGGGGCCAUUACGAUAAUGAUUCAAGAUUUGAAAGAAUAUUGAGACCUAGCUGAGUUGCGAUGACAAUUUCAGUGAGAGGGUAGACGAAAAUGCUACAGGUUUUCCAGUUUUACUGUUUCCAUUUUCGUAAUUUGAUGCUUCGUUCUGUUGUAAGUGAGACACCGAAGAUUUCAUUUGCGACAGCUUGAUCUGGUUUUUUCUUUCUCUAGGUUCGCAGGAAGGAACAAUUGGAGACCUGAAACCGUUGGGAGAGAGGACGAGCUCGCUCUCGGCGCUGAUGGCGAAGACCCGUGUCCGUGUGCCUGACGGUCCCCCAAUUAUGAACCAUCUCAAGUAUGAGCAUGAAGACCAUCCUACCAGUACGGAAAUCAGCAGCUAUUUACGAACAUCAUGAUCAAGGAAACAACAGGAGCAAGAUAAUCACAACGACAGCAGCACGAAGAUCAACACCAUCAAGAUCAGCAACAUCAUCAACAUCAACAACAAGAUCAGAGAAGGCCUUAAGCGUGUGCAGCAAGUAGCAGGUUGAUGAGUAAAACAGUCGAUCCGGAUCUAGUUAGCUUAGGCAGAUGAAAGGCACUAAGCCCGGGGGGUCUUCGUACUGAACAACAACAACAAAAGCCAGAUACUUUGUCUUCUCAAAUUUAUCCUGUGCUUGUGCAGAUUAGCACUAGCCACAGGACAGGGGCGACAUCGCUGAGAAUGGUGAAGGACAUCACUCAAAUCCGCAGCCAUUGGGCUACCUUAUGAAUUAUCUAAUUUUGAUGCUCCCCGGACCGAGGCCGGCGCAACCAAAACCAAGCCGGUGACGAUGACGAAGGAGGAGCAAAAAGUACUGGCGAAGCAGGUGACGGGAACGGUAACUCCACGGCUAGCACUGGAAGAGACUCAGACUUCCCGCCUAUGCCAGUGGCUCAUUAUAAUUGAUUCGCGCAUCCAGGUUCUAGCUUAGAAAAAAAGUAGAUUGCGUUUUUUUUAGAAAUUCGAAGAAAUCACCCCAGCGAUAUCGCUGGCUUUGAUAGAGUACAAAUAUGCGCCACAGAAAUGUGCGCUGAAGAGCUUAGUUACCUACUAGCCCUCUCGAGUGGUAAACAGGGGCCAACGGAAUUCCAAAGAAUUUGCUAGAACAGUCAAAAUUCAGGGUCAAAGUUCAAAACUCAAGUUCAAAAUUCAAGAUCAAAACCCAAAGCCCAAAACUCAAAAUCAAAAUCAAAACUCAAACUCAAACUCAAAACUCAGCAUUCAAACCCAAAGCUCAAAAUUCAAAAUCAAAACUCAAAAGCAAAACUCAAAAUCAAAACUCAAAAUCAAAACUCAAAAUCAAAACUCAAAAUCAAAACUCAAAAUCAAAACCCAAAAUCAAAAUUCAAAAUUCAAAGUCAAAACUCAAAAUAUGCAAUCAAAAUCAAAACGAGGGAAAAGCUUUUUUAUACUGUAAGAGAUUGACAUGGAAGAUCAUUUAUUUAGAGUUUGGGCUCUGGAAAAAGUUUGGGCUUUGGAAAAAGUUUGGGCCUUUCGAAAAAGUGGGAGCUUUGGAAGGGGUUUGAGCUUUUGGAAAAAGUUUGGGCUUUGAAAAAAGUUUGGGCUUGGGAAAAAUUUUGGGCUUUGGAAAAAGUUUGGGCUUUGGGAAAUAUUUUGGCCUCUGGGAAAAGUUUGGGUUUUGGAAAUUAUUUGGGCCUUUGGGAAAAGCUUGGGCUUUGGAAAAUAUAGUAUGACGGCUGCUGGUCUCGGUUAUUAUUAAGAUCCCUUCAUUUUUGAUGGCAGGAGAAGGCAACGGCCCGGCGGAGUCCUUCCUCGAAGACGCACUGGGCGACGGCUCUAUGACUGGCACUUCUACUCCGACGACGUCUGAAAGUGGUGCGAUAGAUGUGAGCACGAGUCUCGUAUUGGGCUCCGCCUCGACUGUGAUCGUCGUGCUGGGUCUCUACCUCUGUCGCCGCCAGUUGCGCUCUUGUUUUUGUCCGAAGCGUGCUCUUCCUCUCUUGCCGCCUACAUCCGAUGACAAGGCUCAGAGCUACGGCUCUCUGUCGGCCAUGGAAAAUGUUUAGAGGUACUUCUUUCUAUUUCUAUGUAUAAUAGGUUAAAUUUGAAUUUUUGUAAAUGUGAUGAUUUAAAGUCUUUGAAUAAGGAAUAUUAGACGAUUUUGUUGGUUGAAUGCAAGAAAGUCCUCCUAAGAAUUCGCAAACACAAACCACUUUGCAGGUAUCUCGAACUCUCGGAAAAAGGAGAAUACGAAUGUACCAAUUUGAGCGUCUACCAUAUUGGAGGUAUGGAGAGGAGCCGUUCACUUCUUGGGGAGAAUUUCUAGGAGGUACUUCUUUUUUCUAUCACAGGACUUCAUCUGAUAAUGAUGAGAAUUGAUUCGAAGUACUUCUCUGUAGUGAAACCUUGACGGGAUCAUCAAGUAUGUUUUAUUUGAAAUGAAGAAUGUUUUUAUUCCUAAGGUUUAGACAGCCUAAACCAACUGCGCUUCUUCUACUCAGGUAUCUCACAACGCUUUGGAGAAGAGAAGAAUGUACCAAUUAGUACUCGAGAAUUACGGUUCGUUGGUACAGCAACUGCAGAAGCAAAAUAGUUGGAGACUAAAACUUCAGAGACCCUCAUCACUACAAGGAUGUCUUUGGUUGCGAGGAGAAUCUGAAUUGUAGCUGCCUGAAUUGCAGUAGCGACGAGAGUCUGAGAUUGCUCCCAAAGCAGAGGUAACGAUGCCUACCCUUCAGAAAGUAGCAAGUGUUGGCUUUGCUUAGACCUCCGUUUUGAAGAGAUAUUUGAAUAGGCGACACCUGUCGCGUUGGUAACCACUAUCAUUUGACGUAAAAACCGUGAUUCUUGACAUCUUGAGAAUUUGUGCAUAGUCACCCUACUGCACAGUUUGAAAAUUCAUACGAUGAGUCUCUCACUAGUGUUGCCACUACUUCGAGGCUUGUGUGUAUGAGAAUUGCCAAUUAUGAUUCAUGUUUCCGAAAAAAGUUAUAAUGAUUUGCACAACAUUAACAUUUUCACGAAGCUUGCUACGUAGAACGUUCCUGAGCAUAGACUUAACAACCCGACUGCUCCAUCACGUAAUCAUCCCCAACAUUUAGGGAAUAUGCAUACAACAGGAUCUCGAUCGCAUAAAAACAUAAAUCGUUUUCCGUUUCUGUUGAACAACUACCAUGAAGUAUACACGUAAUUCAUAUCAUUCGCUAUCCUUACUUGCAUGCGUUGAGAAAAAGAAAAAUCGGUCUUCGUCCUACCAUCUCUUCACCAAAUUACAUCAAAUUGUUGAAACAUAUGAAUAUAGAUCGUCAUUAUCCUAUCAUGACUCAUACAAAUUUAUCUUCUGGUUCUCUUGCCUUCAUCAUAUGAAAUACGAACACGAGGAAGAACGUAUGAAAGUACGUAAGGCCUCUCCGAUAUGGAGAACCCCCUCACAGA